AUGCAUGGGCUAUACAGAAAAAACCAGCUGAGCGCGCCCGAGGAACACCUCCGCACGAACGCAUUUUGUAGGAACAACCUGUUCAGCAGGUACGAAAUAAAACCCAAAUAUUUUAACGUACCAACAUAUGAGGUUAAAAAUAACAGCAAUGAAUGCUUCGAGAGGGUGUCAAACAAUUCCUGGUAUGAUACUAGCAGUUUUAGGAAGAAGAAAGGUGCGUUUUUAUUUUGCAGAGAACUGAGAAACAUCAAUUGGGGCAGCAACCACGAUGGGGUGGAAACCAACUUGAGUGACGAACCACACGAUGGGGUUGAGGCUUCUAUAAAUGGGGCGCUCCUAAUGCAGGCAAAAAGUGAAGACGCCAAGAAUUUAGACCAUUGCGAUAGUUUGCCCCAAGAUGUACUAUGUAGAAACCCAAAUGACAAAGCAUUGAAUGAUAAAAUAUCAAAUGAGAAAGAAAAAAGAAGAAAAAAAACACUCCCUUCACCUAAUGAUGGAGUAACUCCCACGAGCAGCUUUUUAACUCUUCAUGGCAGAAAGAAAAAGCUGCCCAAAUUAGCAAAAAUGCGUAGUUCCAAAAAAGUAGAUAACGUUAGAAAUGAAAAAUGGACUCCUGAAAGUUGUAAGCCUUUGGAGCAUGAACCCGCAGCAAGGUAUCCCCACAAAUGGGACGCCACCCAUACGGUUAGUGGCAAGCUGUACAAAAAGAAACAAACGAGCAUUGAUCUUUGGAAGUACAAAAAGGAGGAUAGUUUAAAGCGGUGCGCUUUUCAUGAACAGGUCAACGAGAAAAUCAUUUCCAGCAGGGAAUCAGUCGAAAAAGAAAUUAUGUGCCUACACAAAUUGGAUAUACUUCCUGUAGACGACAAAAUGAGGUCAGACAGAAGCGGAAAAGGGCAAUUGACAACCAGUUUUAGAAAGAUGAAAGAGAAAAGCGGUCACUGGAGGGAAAACUUAGCGGGGGUGUUACAAAUGACCCCGUCUAGGGGAGACGCAAAAAAGGAGUCUCUUGUCCGUUCAUACUUCACUUCUGAGGUUGCCUCCGUCAGUGUGAUUGCAAGUGGAGGUUACACCCAUGGGGGGAGCAAAAUUGAAGAGAAAACCACACCAAUGGGGGAAGAACAAAUAAAGAAGAUUAUUCACCCCAUUGGGAAUGCCAAAUCGAUGGCUAGAGAAACUGCCCUGAGCAAAGGAACGUACAUAGGUUACCAACAAAAGGGGAGAGGCUUAUUGAGGGCCCAAAAAAUGCUUCUAAACGACAGCAACCAGUGGGAAAAAACCAAAGAGGGGGGAUUAGAAGAGGGAGUUUCCCGAGUGCCCACCUGGAACUGCGCAGUAGAAUCAUCGCCCCACGGAGAAGGCACCCCCCCAAACAGAAAACGAAUGACCGAUUCGUUAGAGACAGCAAAUGUGGCAGAUAUAAAAUAUACAUGCUCAUCAGAGUACUCCUCCAAAAAAGGACCAACCAUAGAAUGUAUGAUGAUUGAAGACGUCGAUGGAAAUAAGCCCCAAAAGGAGGAGCAGCAGGCGCAGCAGCAGAGGGAGGAACGAAUCAUAGGGGUGUCCACAAAUGUACCACGACAGAGGAAAAAUCUGCACCUGUUAGACGAGUCCAGAAAUGAAAAGAUCUUCUUCGACUCCCUUGUUAACGCCAAAAUGUAUUUUCGAAUCGAUUUUAAGAUAUAUAAGCCCAUUCUCAUGAGGGCAAUUACCCAAGUGAAGGUGUACUCAAAUGAGAAGCUACUUCAGUGCGUUUACAUUAAGGAGUACCCUCAAAAUUUUUCUGUAGUUGUGCAAAGUGCUGUCCGAAUGUGCAAUGGAAAAGUGCUAGCCAAAAUGAAAAAUAAGUUAAUUAACAUCAAAGAAACAGGGGUUCUGAAUUUUACGUAUCUAAACAAUGAAAAAGUAAUUGGGUGUUCCCAUAUCAGCAUUAAGCAUCUAGUAAGUUCUGGAGGGGAAGGAGGUCUUUUCAUUCCAGUAGAAGACCACACAGAUUGUAGAAAAGAGAAAACGCCAAAAGAACCGUUUGUGGUAGGUUCUCUCCUCCCAUUCGGGAGGCAAGAAAUCAGCGUUUUAAAGUCUAAAAUUUUUGUUCACUAUAGGAUUGACUGCCCCAGAAGUAUGCAUGAUUUUAUUGCAUCUGGUGAAGUGGUCACAGCCAAGGAGAAAAUUUCCUUCUUGGAGGAUAUGGUUAGACAAUUGUAUAGUUUCAUACAAGAUUCGGCGCUGCUGAGGUUCGUGAAAGGUGCAGGGGUUACACAUGGGGGCAGUGAAUGUGGCGCCGGCAAUGGGGGGGAAGCUAGUCCGCAGGUGCCCUCCUUGGAGUACCAGGCGUGGAAAGAAACCGAGAAAGUAGAAAACGAGGACCAACACGCAGAGGGAGAAAAAGACGUAGACAGCGAAGAAGAUUUACACGGCAAAGAGCACGUAGACGGAGGAAAAUACGUAUGCAGCGAAAAACACUUAGACGGCGAAGAACACUUAUGCAGCGAAAAAAACUUGGACAGCGAAAACACCCGCGGUAGAAGUGGUCAUAUGGGGAACGACGAUCCGAGGCAACGCGAGAAGAGCAGUCCCCCCAGCGCGAUCAGCGGGGGCAAUACUCCGGAAGGAGGUUGCCGAGAGACUAAGGAUCAUCUCCCCAGUGAGAAUUACCCGCAAAAUGGCGAAAGGGAAGAUGAAAAUGAGGUGACGGAAAAAUCCGAGAGCAGCGAUUUACAGGAAGGACGUUGCGAUAAUACGCCUAGCUCGAACCAUAAAGAUCCUCCUUGGUGUGAUGUCAUAGCCACGGGUAACCUACGGGGAGAGGCACCCAAUCGCAGUGACAUAGUGGAAGAUGUGUUAAUAUUCAAACGGGAAGAGCAGGGAAGAUAUAGUUGCCAAGUUGUGGGUGGCAGCCCGGGUGAACGGGAUAACCCCCAUGUGGAGAGCGCCCUCCCUGGGCAGACACACAAUGAGAAUGCAGAGAAUGCUGAGAAUGCAGAGAAUGCUGAGAAUGCAGAGAAUGCAGAGAAUGGAGAAAAUGCUGAGAACCGCUCUAAAGGUUGCAAAGACGAAGCAGAGGAAGGCGCCACGAACAGGUGUUCCCCCAAAGGGGUGCCUACUUACCCUAAGGGAUCAAAAACAAAUUACCCAUUGGAAUAUAAAAGCAAGAAAAGGCAAAUAGAGCAACUACAGAGCAUCAUAGCGGAGUAUAAAAAAGAAAUAGUCGAAAAAGUGGAGGAAAUCCAAAAAUUAAAACAUUCAAACCAUAACACUAAUAUAUUGUACAAAGCCUGUUACAGGAAAUUACAGGAAAUUGAAAAGGAACGGAAAAGAACCGAUGCAAUGAACUUCCUACUGAGAUUUGAUGAUUCCUAUGCUAAUAAGUUAACCAAUCGUUUGGACACAAAGAAAGUCCUCCACAAAAGAAAGGUAUAUACAGAAACUGACGCAAAUGUAAUCAUGGGCCCUGUUGUGCGAAGGGUAAACUCGCUGCGAAGUGCCUUAGUUGCGAUAAACAGUGAAGAGAACAACAUGGGUGGAAAUGCCAUCCGUAGGAGCGGCACUGGCACCGUCACGGGGGGCAGCACCUAUGCAACCACGAUGCGGAGCCUGCCGCCAGAGGGGAAGGAAAAAUUGAACAAAAAGAAACAGACCAUCCGCACCGAGUCCGACAACAAGGCGAUUAUGAAAUUAUUCGGCGCUGAUUUGGGGGAAAACUCCCGGGUCGAAAAAGUCGCCACAACGAGGGGAAUCAUCACGGAUAAGAGGGGCGACGUCGACCAUUACGAUGACCACUACGGUGACCAGUUAGGUGAUCGCCGCGUCCUCCUGAGUAACUGCCAAAUUAAAGAAAAAAAAAUUGACGCACUUGUAAAAGAAAACAAAUCGCUAAAGGAACGAAUAAACAAAUUGACCUUAACUGAUGCGGAAUGUCCCAGCAGAAUACCUUCACUCAAAAAUGUCUACUCCAGCACAAGGGAAAAGGACAAAUGUAGAGCCCAGAAACAUGCCAAAUUAAGAGGCGUCGAGCAGCACUGCACAAACACAAACUACCUGGAGAAUUCGUGGAGGGAGAAAAAAAUUUACAAUUACGCUGGGGUGAGGAACAACAAGUAUAGCAGUAACAGCAGAUUUAACUUCCCUCUCAAUUUGAUUAAAAGUUAUUCUCAUGAUCCCAUUGCGCACAGAGACGUGGACAUCAAUCAGUCCGGGUGCUAA